UGUGUUGAGUGUGUAGUAUGUGUGGAGAACCCGUGUGAUCAGCUGUGACCGUGGGAAACGGACCCACCGUGCCCACCCAAACCUGCAAAAAUCCGUCUUCGGACCGAAAACUCUCUGUUGAAUCCACACUGUUCCACAACAUGGAGUUUCGGGAUAGUUGUCUUCACGUUUCGCUGAAAGGUUCGUCGGAAGCCGUGAGCUAGUGGAAAGUAAACACCUCCUCUCCAUCACCAUUUACUUAGAGUGUUUGUACAAGUUUGGCAUAUUAUUUUGGAACUCGCACUGUAACGCAUCAGCGCGCGUCCGUGUGCCUGCGGGGGAUCGGGGACGCGCAUGGAUCGAGAGCGCGGAAUGUCCCGGACUGAAUCCCUUCAGAAAUCAAUCCAAGAGAGCUUGUCUAAAUUAAAACUUUUUGGCUAAAUUAAUUAUAUUAUUAUUUUUUGUUAUUGUUAUUAUUGUUAUCGCCCCCUUAGUGUGGGUCCGGUCAGAUGGUUGUGCAUAAAUAAAUGAUGAUCGCAGUGAGUUUGUGAUGAGGGUCGGACUGCAUCGCGCGGGGGAGGACUCUCCGGUGGAAUUAUUGCGCAGUUUUUAAAAUAACGGGAACACAAAGACACACACUCAUGGCACAGAGUAUGUCAGCGAAAGAUAACGCCUGCCGAAAAUUUCAGGCCAAUAUUUUCAACAAGAGUAAAUGCCAGAACUGCUUCAAGGCUCGAGACGCGCACCUGCUGAGUGAUGAAGACUUAUCACAGGCAAAACCCAUCUACGGUGGAUGGCUGCUCCUGGCGCCUGAAGGAACAAACUUUGACAAUCCUCUGCACAGAUCACGGAAAUGGCAGAGACGCUUUUUCCUCCUGUAUGAACACGGACUCCUGCGUUACGCGCUGGAUGAUCUGGCCAGCACUCUUCCACAGGGCACCAUAAACCUGAAUCAGUGUGUGGAUGUUGUGGACGGUGAGAGCCGGACGGGUCAGAAACACUCGCUGUGCAUCAGCACACCAGAGAAAGACCAUUACAUACGUGCUGAGAGCAAAGAGAUCAUACAUGGGUGGCAGGAGGCGCUGAUGGUGUUCCCACGAACCAACAAACAAAACCAGAAGAAGAAACGGAAAGUGGAAACGCCAACUCCACAGACUGCUGCUCUUCACACAGGUCGAUGUUCCCAGCAGAACAUAAAUGGGUUUAUUGAACCAGGCCCUGCGAAGGUGACGGUCACCAGUACCAGCAGCAGCAGCAGUUUGGUGUGUCUUCCCAGCACUAUAGCUCACGCUGAGCGAGUGCCGCCCACCCGGGCCACCCUGUGGCAGGAGGGAACAUGGAGUCGGGCCACUUUACCAACAAGCAGCAGCACCGGCAGCCUGAGUCAACUGGAUUCGGGAAGCUUGAGUGCUGGUCGUAAGCCACGGGUGGAGAGCGGAUAUUUUUCCCUGGAAAAACCCAAAAACGAAGAAGAUGAAGGACAACAGCAUCAAUGCCCGCAGGAGCGAGAGCCACUACCGCAACAACAGCCGCCUCUGCUUUCUUCCUCCUCCACAUCACCCUCCUCUUCCUCACGCUCCAGGUAUCUCUCAUUUGAUCCUGAGCUCUUCAGCUCUCCAGUCAGCUCACACACGUCACACAACCCACACGCUGCCACUAACACACAGAUUCCCUGCGAUGUGCGCAUUGCAUAUGACGCCCGCACUCACCAACACAACACACAAGGACUAGAGGAUCAUCUUUCAGUGGACGCCCCAUCAUCCUCGGUGGACGUGGCCAUCCCGGACACGCUCUCCAGUCCAAACUCACACACACGCCACGCAAACAUCCUCCCGUCAUCCCUGUCCUCUUCUCAGAGCUCUUUGGACUCGGAGCAGAGUCCCGAGAGCCGUGUGGGCAGGGCGGGUCGAGGCGGGCAGGGUUACGCCACCCUGGCAGACGUGCCGCGGGCACGGAGACUGAGUCACCGGGAAGCGUACCGACCCACUCAGAAGCGGCAGGAGCUGCGAGCACGCGCAAGGAGCCCGGGCCGGGAGGAAGUGGAACGACUGUUCGGGCGUGAACGAAGACAAAUCUCAGGGUCCAAAAAAAGACGCUCACAGGUCAUUGAGAGAUAUGAGUGUCAUGACGCUGUCAGCACUCCAGAACAAAUGGACACAACGAAUUCUUUAACAGACCCCGCCCCUUCUUACUCUAAAACAGCCAAUCAGAGAGCAGGACGCAAUGAGAAACGGCUCUCCAACCAGAAACAGGAUUUCUCACUGGAUUCGGCUAAAGGCCGGUCGGAUGAGGAUUAUUCACUGGCCGGUUACCGAAGGGCCAAAAGUCUGGAUCGCAGAACCACAGAAACACUCAUGACUCCGGACCUGCUGAACUUUAAGAAAGGAUGGAUGACCAAACUGUACGAAGAUGGAUUGUGGAAGAAACACUGGUUCGUUCUGACCGAUCAGAGCCUGAGGUUCUACCGUGACUCCAUCGCUGAGGAGGCUGCAGAUCUGGACGGAGAGAUCGAUCUGUCCACGUGCUACGAUGUGACCGAAUUCCCAGUUCAGAGGAACUAUGGCUUCCAAAUCCUCAGUAAAGAAGGGGCGUUCACACUGUCUGCCAUGACCUCUGGGAUACGUCGAAAUUGGAUCCAGGCCAUUCUGAAGAACAUGCGGCCCACCGUCGCUCCUGAUGUCACACGGAAAAAUGUGUCUCUGAAACUUUCAGUUCUUAUGCCCAGUUCCCUUCCAGAAGAGCGAACCAGAUCAAAUGUGGAGCAAAACUUCAUCCAACCCCCUCCUAACUCUUCACAACUCUCGAACAGCUCUGUAGUUGAAGCAAAAAAGUCACACGAGGUCAUAACAGACUCUGCGCCUCCUCCCGAGCUAAAGAGUCGGGUCAACAAGCGAGAGGGGCGCUCUAAAACAUUUGACUGGUCCGAGUUCCGGCCAGGGCAAGAAAACGAGAACGGACAACCCCCAAUGAAGAGAGCAGACACUUCAGUCACUAUCUCAUCUUCACCCUCCCCUCCCAUCUCUAGCGCCUCCUCUCAUCAGACGUCGUCCUCCAUUACUACCACCAGCGAUACUGACAAGUUGCCACAGCGAGAUGAAGAAGUGGUGCAGGAAUAUAUGCACCACCAUCAGACCACACCGACAGCAUCUGCAGUCCAUGCGUCAGAGCUCUCGUCAAAGCUCCCCCAUAAAGUGCCACAGGAACAAGGAAAAAUGGAUGUGGACCAACUCAGGGACACGCAGGAGGUUGAUGGUCACCGCAGAAACUCUAAUGUCCAGGUGGAAAUUGAGCAGAGGUGGCAGCAGGUUGAAACAACGCCCCUCAGAGAGGAAAAGCAGGUACCGAUCGCGGGCAGCUCCCCUAACACCUCAAAUACACCUGCCAUUCCACAAGAGAUGACCACCGUACUGGAAAAGGAGUUAGGUCAGGCUCAAAGGGAGCUAGCCAGACUCCAGCAGCAGAACAGUGUCUUACAGGAGCAACUUCAGGAUGCGCGUGGGAGGGAGCAGAACGCCCGGGAAGGAUAUGUACUGCAGAGUGACACAACCACCGCAAAGCCUUCGUCUGAUGCAGUGUCUACCCCUGUUCACCGAGCACCAUGGCAGCGCCUCAGCAAACUGAACCAGGAUCUAAAGUCCGAGCUGGAUUCCCAGCGUCGGAAGCAAGACAAGUCCAGUCAACAAGUUGGCAGCUUGAGGCGUAGCUACAGCGAAGCAAAAGAUAUCAUAGGACACCAUGAGGCAGAGAUCGAGGCCUUGGAGGAAAAGCUAACGGCUGCCAUGGCGGAGAUUGUCGUGAGCGAGCAGGCUGUGGCACGAAUGCGUAGCGAGCUGAAAAUUGAACGGGUUCGCUGUCAAGAACGUGAGGAAGAAUGGGUCCGAAACGAGGUGACACUGCGGUCACAGUUGCGAGAGAGCGAGGAACGUUUACGUCAAGUUGAAGCCAGUUUGCUAGAGAAGAGCCAGGAGUUGAGGCAGCUCGAACAGCAGCAAGCUUUGCAGAAAGACCAGCACAAAGACGUGCAGAGGUUACAGGAGAGACUCUCUGAGGUCACUGGGCGCCUGAUUUCCAUUGAGGAGGCUCAGACUAUGAGAGAGGAGCGGGAGAGAAAAGAGCAGCGGAGCCUGGAGGAGAAACAUGAGCGGGAGCGACAGGGACUGACCUGGCGGUUGUCAGAAUCCGAAGAGAGGCGGCGUGAAGUAGAAGAGCAACUGCAGGAGGCACAAGAACAAGUGGAGGCGCUGCUGAGAGGGAGUGGUGGGAUGCAAACUAUGGGACUCAGGGAUGAAGUACAUCGUCUUCAGCAGGAGUUGGAGGUGCAGACGGAAAUGGUGGAAAUGUUGCGGGAGAGUGUGAUGAGGCUGGAGGAGGAACGUGACCAGCUUACUUGCCGCUGUCAAGAACUCCUCAAUCAGAUUUCCGAGGCCGACCGAGAGGUUGGAAAGCAACAGGCAUGUUUAACGACGGUGGAAACGGACUAUCACUCCCUUGAGAGCUCGUACGAGCGCGUCUCGGAAGAAUUUGCUAGGAUAAGUCAAGUGCUACGAGAGAAGGAAGAGGAGGUGAAGCAGACAAAGCAAAUGUACGAGCAGCUAAUCAGACAGAAGGAGCAGGACUUGAGCGAGGCUCUAAUAAAGAUGGCUGCCUUAGGCAGUAGUCUAGAAGAAACAGAGGUUUGCUUGCAGCAAAAAGAGGAACUUCUUUCUAAAAUGGAGCAUGACUAUCCAGGACUGGUAGAGUCCCGAAGAGUAGAACAGGAGCUACAGGCAAAACUGGUGGUUGCAGAGGACCGAAUAGCUGAGCUGGAGGAACACCUCAAUGCCCUGCGACUUGGAUAUGCAGAUCUCAGAAUUCGACGUUGUCGCUCCCAGGAAGACAUGCUUGAGGGUUUGAAUGAGAUGCAACAUGAUGUUUCCUCAUCCUCAAGUCUCUCCCAACUUCCUAUUGCAAGAAGUAGCUCAGAGACGGAAAUGUCCUUGGUAAAGCGGCAGAGGAUUCGCUUUUCCACCAUCCAGUGCCAUUCCUAUCAGCGGUCCCAGGGAGCAGACAAAUUUCACAUGGAAAACACGUCUUUGGAUCUGACACAAGAUCUGACCCUAGACCACGUGCAUGACCUGAGCCUGACCCAAGAUAUCAGUGUAGCCAGUGACGGUUCAUUCCAGCAGUGCAGAGAUCCGGAGAAGUUCAUCUCCAUUAUACAUGCUCUGGAAACCAAACUAUUGGCCACAGAGGAGAAACUCAGACACCUCACUGAAAAGAUACGGGACCAGCCUGAUCUCUCAGCGAUGCAGAGCACUAGAGCAACCAUGGAGGACUGCACGACUAAAACCUGUGAUGAAUUACCAAUGGAUGAAUCCAGCCAGAAAUCCCUCAAGACUUUUGGUGAGCAAGACACCGAUGAAUAUGAGAAGGCAUUGGCACUGGUAGAGUCUUGCACAGAAAAAGUCAGAGAAAUUCUUAGCAAUCAGAAAGAGACCAGUUCUACUGAAUCUCUCAUUUGUACCCUUGCAGAAGUAGAGAAACUGCUGGUUUGUGCCACCACGUACCUGAGGAAGGGCGGCACGUUCUAUGAAUCGUGCCCGAUCUUUGAUCCUGCAGAUGUGCAAUCAAGGAAGGAAAGUAUAAAACAGUUUGCCAGAACAUUAUCCUUUGAGGCUGAAGUUCUAGAGAGGAUGGGGUUCUCUCUGCAGGACCUGAACUCUGAUAUUAUGUUGGCCCUAAACUCCAUUCACAAGGAUGCUGAAAACAUCAAGAAGGACUGCGAUGGCUGUCUCUCAAUUGUUUAUGCUGAUGUUCUUACAAGAAAACUUGCGCUGGAGACCAUGUUCUUGGCAGAGGUGGACAAGCUUGAGAUGGGUAAACUAGCAAAUAGUGCUUUCUCACAGGAUGUCAUCAAGAAUGCCUGCGUUAGUGCCGAGCUUGCCUAUUCACUUCAGAAUCUAACAAUGAAUUUUCAGGAAAAAUUUGAUGAGCUUCAAAAGGACUUGGUCAAAGCAAAUGAGGCUUUAAAACAAAGAGACACGGCUCUGAAAGAUGCUGUUAGUGCAUCAAAGCAUGCUCAAAUUGAGAGCAAUACUGAUCAUCUUGCUGAUGUCUCUCCUCCUGAACUUGCUCCCUACAUGGAGCAGAUUGAGAUGGAGGAAGCUCAAAGUUUAGCAGCAGAGAUUGUCCGCAGACACUUAGCCAUUGGCACACUUGCCCAUAGUGCAGAAUCAGAAUCACAUCUGCAAACAGGCUGGGAAAAUCUCAUUGCUGAGCUCAAGAAGCAAGCAAAAGCCCUUCGUAAUCUCUCUCAGGAAAUCGAGAGGGUUUGCGAGGAAGGGGAAACAAAUUCACUUUCCGGACUUGCGAAAGCCAUCCAAAUGAGGUCGUGGCGCAGCGACUCCAGCUCGGUUUGCAUGCGAGAGGCCUUGAUGCAGGUUCAGGUCACGUAUGUUGCUUGCAGAUUGCGAGCAGGUCACACGAGGGAACUUUCUCUUUGCCAGGAGACUAGCCGCAACAUGGCAGUGCUCGUCCAAGAACACGCCGAGAGUGUUGCGGCCAUCCAAAGGCACUACCAGAGCUGCGUAGAGAAAGAGCAUCUGAGCUUCACUGACACUAUAAGUUCCCUGCAGGAGGAGAAUGACAUGCUUCGAGGGGAACUAUCCUAUAAGCUCAGGGAGCUGCAGGAGCAACGGCAGAACUUAAACCAGUUGGAAGAGGAGUUUCAAAAGGAGAAGGAGGAGCUGAAGAGCAGGCAUGCAGAAGAGAUGGGAAGGGCCAAGCAGGACCAGAUAACCAGAGAGCUCGACUUAAUGGAGCGUGCCGCAAACAACCAACACCGGCUGGAGACCCUGCUGCUAGAAAUGGAAGAUAAUGAGUUGAGGCACAAAGAGCACAUCCAAAAACUUGAGCAGGAUUUUCAGAGUAAGGUCCAGGAGCUAGAACACACCAACAGAGAGGAGCUCCACAAGCUACAAGAACGCUACAGCCAGACCAUCUGCUCAUUGGAGGAGAGGAACGAGAAAGUGGAGAACAAAGCUGAGGUCGACGUAUGUCCCAUGGAGGAAGGGGACGCAUCUGAUCAGGUAACGUGCAGGGAUUCAGAGUCCUUGCUCCGAGUCCGGGAGCUGGAAAUGCAGUUGAGCCGCAUGAGAGAGGAGCUGGAACAGAAACCACUGGAUGGAGAUCUGACCAGCCUGAGGGAGAAGUACCAACGAGACUUGGACAGCCUCAAGGCAACAUGCGAGCGUGGAUUUGUAGCAAUGGAGGAGACGCAUCAGAAGGUGAUAGAGGACAUUCAGAGACAGCAUCAGCGGGAGAUCCGGAAACUUCUAGAGGAGAAAGAAAGACUGUUGGAUGAGGAAACAAAUGCCACUAUUGCUGCGAUUGAGGCCAUGAAAAAUGCUCAUCGCGAAGAACUGGAGAAAACGCAACGGUCGCAGAUGAGCAGUGGGAGCGCAGACAUCCAGGAGCUGCGCAGACAGUACGAAGAGGAGUUGCAGUCUAUCUAUCGUGAACUGGAGGUUUUGUCUGAGCAAUAUUCUCAGAAGUGUUUGGAAAACGCACAUUUGGCUCAAGCGCUGGAAGCAGAGAGACAGGCGCUGGGGCAGUGCCAGCGAGAGAACCAGAAACUGCAUAUACACAACCAGGAACUAAAUCAUCGUCUGAAUGAGGAGAUCACCAGAAUGCACUCCUGCAUCAGUGGAGACAAAUUGACUUCCUCUCUGACUCAAGGCAAAGACAUCUAUGAACUGGAGGUUUUGCUGCGAGUGAAGGAGUCAGAGAUCCAGUACCUCAAACAGGAAAUAAACUCUCUCAAAGACGAGCUGCACACCGCACUUCGAGAUAAGAAGUAUGCCUCAGAUAAAUACAAGGACAUUUACACGGAGCUGAGUAUCGUGAAGGCUAAAGCGGACUGUGACAUUAACAAGCUGAGGGAGAAACUUCUGGCUGCUACUGAGGCUCUUGGGGAAUUAGACGCUGAAGGAAGUGGCGUCACUGCGGGAUACGACAUUAUGAAGUCAAAGAGUAACCCAGAUUUCCUGAAGAAAGAAAAAUCCAGACAGAUGCGCGGGGUCAGGUCAAAGAGUUUGAAGGAGGGAUUGACCGUACAGGAGAGGAUGAAGCUCUUCGAAACGAAAGACUCCAGAAAGAUAUAACACUCUCUUGUUCCUCUUUGUAUUCUCUUGUAUCUUCUUGGUUGGUAGAUGAAGCAGGGUGAAGAACUGUAUCUUUCUGAUUGUGUUGUAAUAUUGUUCAGUGAAUUAAGGGACUUACGUUUCAAUAUUGACACGUCGUUUUGCCAACCGUCAGCUCUGAUGAACCUCAUAUUUUGUACUUUUUUUGCUCUCUAUAAGUCCUGAAGCUGUUCUUCAUCAUCAUCACAGUAUACAUGAACACACUCAGUAUUGAAUUGGACACUAGACGUGUGUCUUCCUCAUCCGAACAUCUUCUGAAUGGAGAACUGGCUGCUGUCGUGACAUUUUUAUGAAUAUUCUGAGAGAAGAAGAAUUAUUGACACAGAGAGAGAUGUUAUUUUGCCAAUGAUAUUGUAAAUAAGUUGUGCGCGUGUACGUGAUGACUCUUUUUCAGACUUUCUAGUACUGUAACCUCGAGAUAAAAUGACGCGGUAACGUGAGUGCGAGUGUUUUGUAGAGUGUUUUUGAUCGUCUGAGAGAUUACGUGCUUCGCUCAUUUACUUGAGGAGAAUCUAAUUGCUGUUUUAAUUGCUUUUGUGUUGCUUUUGGUUUAUAUGAACGUGCAAAAUAUAGAGCAACCAAACGUGAUAUCUGCUGUGUGUGUUGCGGCGUAAAGCGCUCGUUCGGCUACUGAUAGUGAGCUUAAUUCAUCCUGUAAUUCGACAUUUUAAUGGUUUCGUUGUGUUGUUCCAGAUACUGGCUUUUGCAUGAAUAUGAAGCACUUUGAGUCAUUGAUAUUUUUUUGUGUUCUUGGUUUUGAAACAUGUAAUUCCAUAUUCCUUCUGCUCUAGAAGUCAGAAAGUAUUGAACACACAACAAAGAAAGCUCACUGUAUAAUAUUCAAUAUUUGCGAUGUAAAUAAUUGGUUUUAGAGAAGAUUUCUUUAUCCUGUUCUCUGUCUGCAUAGAAAAAAAAAACUUUAUAUCUAUCUGUACAAGGUAUGUCUACACCUAAUUGCAUAUGUGUAUGAAUAUUUUUAUUUUGGUGUGUGUGAAUGUGAUGCAUCUGUAAUAAAAUGUUUUUGAAUCAGAAAUACACUGUUAAAAUCAAAAUUGGA